AGUUUAAAACGGAACUAUUCACAAUAAACAUGAAAUUAAAAGCAUGAAGUAGUGGUGUCCCAAAAGGAAUGUGAAUUCUCCUCCAGGACAUGCAGAGACCCGUGGAUGAACUGUUUCUAGAUUCUUGCUCCAGCUUUCCUGAGAGUCAGAAUGAACAAGAGGCACUUAAGUGUGCGUCAGCAAACAUGGGCCCUUCUCUGCAAGAAUGUUCUUAAAAAAUGGAGGAUGAAGAGAGAGACCUUGAUGGAGUGGUUUUUCUCAUUACUUCUAGUACUGUUUGCAUACCUGUUUUCCUCCAAUUUACAUCAAGUUAAUGACUUUCCUCAGUUGCCUGCAAUGGAUCUGGGACGUGUAGAUAAUUUUAAUGAUUCUAAUUAUGUUAUUGCAUUUGCACCUGAAUCCAAAACAACCCAGGAGAUAAUGAACAAAAUGGCUUCAGCCCCGUUCAUGAAAGGAAGAACAAUCAUGGGCUGGCCUGAUGAAAAAAGCAUGGAUGAAUUGGAUUUCAACUAUUCUGUAGAUACAGUGAGAGUCAUCUUUAAGGAUACCUUCUCAUAUCAUUUGAAGUUUUCCUGGGGAGGUAGGAUCCCCAAGAUGAAGGAACACAGAGAUCAUUCAGCUCAUUGUCAAAUAAUGGAUGAAAAAAUCACAUGUGAAGGAUCAAUGUUCUGGGAGAAAGGCUUUGUAGCUUUUCAAGCUGCCAUUAAUGCUGCUAUCAUAGAAAUCACAACAAAUCAUUCAGUGAUGGAAGAGCUGAUGUCAGUUACUGGUAUAAAUAUGAAGAUAUUGCCUUUUGUUGCCCAAGCAGGGAUUACGACUGAUUUUUUCAUUUUCUUCUGCAUUAUUUCUUUUUCUGCAUUCAUAUACUAUUUAUCAGUCAAUGUUACACAAGAAAGACAGUACAUUAAGUCAUUGAUGACAAUGAUGGGACUUCGAGACUCAGCAUUCUGGCUCUCCUGGGGUUUGAUGUAUGCUGGCUUCAUCUUUAUUAUGGCCACUCUGAUGGCUCUUAUUGUAACUUCUGCCCAAGUUGUCGUCCUAACUGGCUUCAUGGUGGUCUUUGCUCUCUUCCUCCUCUAUGGUUUGUCUUUGAUAACUUUAGUUUUCCUGCUGAGCGUGUUGGUAAAGAAACCUUUCCUUACUGGGUUGGUUGUGUUUCUCCUUAUUGUCUUUUGGGGGAGUCUUGGAUUCACUGCGUUGUACAGACAUCUUCCUGCAUUUUUGGAGUGGACCUUAUGUCUUCUUAGCCCUUUUGCUUUCACGGCUGGAAUGGCCCAGCUUAUUCAUUUGGACUAUGACAUCAAUUCUAACAUCCAAUUGAAUUCUUCAAACAACCCAUACCUAAUAACAGCUACUCUUUUCAUGUUGGUUUUUGAUGCUCUUCUCUAUUUGAUAUUGGCAUUGUAUUUUGACAAAAUUUUGCCCACUGAAUACGGACAUCGACAUUCUCCCUGGUUUUUCCUGAAAUCCUCUUUUUGGUUUCAACACCAAAGAGCUGAUCAUGUGCCCCUUGAGAAUGAAACAGAUUCAGCUUCUUCACCUAACGACUCUUUUGAACAAGUGUCUCCAGAAUUCUAUGGGAAAGAAGCCAUCAGAAUAAAAAAUCUUAAAAAAGAGUAUGGAACAAGAAAGCAUGAAAAGGUAGAGGCUUUGAAAGGCUUGGUGUUUGACAUCUAUGAAGGCCAGAUCACUGCCCUCCUUGGUCACAGUGGAGCUGGCAAAACGACCUUGUUAAACAUGCUUAGUGGACUGUCGGCCCCAACAUCAGGUUCGGUCACCAUCUAUAAUCACUCACUUUCAGAAAUGGCUGACUUGGAAACUGUCAGCAAACUCACUGGAGUCUGUCCACAAUCCAAUGUGCAGUUCGACUUCCUCACCGUGAGGGAAAAUCUCAGGCUAUUUGCUAAAAUAAAAGGGAUUCAGCCACAUGAAGUGGAGCGAGAGGUACAACGAGUUUUACGGGACUUAGAGAUGGAAAAGAAUCAAGACAUUCUUGUUCAAGAUUUAAGCAGUGGGCAAAAAAGGAAACUAACCUUAGGGAUUGCCAUUUUAGGAGAUCCUCAGGUUUUGCUAUUGGAUGAACCAACUGCUGGAUCAGAUCCCCUUUCAAGGCACCAAGUGUGGAACCUCCUGAAGGAGAGGAAAUCGGACAGAGUAAUUCUCUUCAGUACCCAGUUCAUGGAUGAGGCUGACAUCCUGGCUGAUAGGAAGGUGUUUAUAUCCAAUGGGAGGCUGAAGUGUGCAGGCUCUUCUCUAUUUCUGAAGAAGAAAUGGGGCAUUGGCUAUCAUUUGAGUUUGCAUCUGAAUGAAAUGUGCGAUCCAGACAGUAUAACAUCGCUUGUUAAACAUCACAUCCCUGAUGCCAAAUUAACAGCACAAAGUGAAGAAAAGCUUGUAUAUAUUUUGCCUUUGGAAAGGACAAACAAAUUCCCAGACCUUUAUAGGGAUCUUGACAGAUGUUCUAACCAGGGCAUUGAGAGUUAUGGGGUUGCUAUGACAACUUUGAAUGAAGUGUUCUUGAAAUUAGAAGGAAAAUCAUCUCUUGAUGAAUCAGAUAUUGGAAUUUGGGGACAGUUACAAAGUGCUAGGAACACAGACACAGGAAGACUUGUUGAGCUGCAACAAGUGUUGUCUUCCUUUAAUGAAACAAAGAAAGUAGUCAGCGGCCUGGCUCUCUGGAGGCAGCAGCUCUGUGCCAUAGCAAAAGUUCGCUUCCUCAAGUUGAAGAAUGAAAAAAAAACUCUGCUGACCAUAUUAUUGCUUUUUGGCAUUAGCCUUUGCCCUCAGCUUUUGGAACAUCUAUUCUAUGAGUUAUAUCAAAAAAGUUAUUCUUGGGGACUGUCUCCUGAUAUGUACUUCCUCUCACCGGCACAACAACCGCAAGCUCCUCUGACCCCCUUACUGGUCAUCAACAAAACAGGAUCAAGCAUUGAUGACUUUAUACAUUCACUGAAGCAGCAGAACAUAGCUUUGCAAGUGGAUGCCUUUGGAACUAGAAAUGGGCUCAAUGAGUCAUCGUACAAUGGUGCGAUCACUGUGUCAGGUGAUGACAAGAGUUACAGAUUUUCAAUAGCAUGUAAUACCAAAAGGCUGAAUUGCUUUCCUGUCCUCAUGGAUAUCAUUAGCAAUGGGCUACUUGGAAUUUUUAAUUCUUCAGAACACAUUCAGACUGACAGAAGCACAUACUUUGAAGAACACAUGGCUUAUGAGUUCCUGAGUAAUGCCUCCUUCUGGAUACUCGUGGCAGCCUGUUUUACUCCUUACAUCGCGAUGAGCAGCUUCGGUGACUAUAAAAAAAAAGUUCAUUCCCAACUGAGGAUUUCAGGCCUCUAUCCUUCUGCUUACUGGUUCGGGCAGGCGCUGGUGGAUAUUCCACUGAACUUCUUGAUCCUCCUUCUAAUGCAAAUAAUGGAUUAUGUUUUUAGCCCAGAUGAGAUUAUAUUUAUAAUUGAAAACUUGUUAGUUCAGAUCCUGUGUAGCAUUGGAUAUGUUUCAUCUCUUGUUUUCUUGACAUAUGUGAUUUCCUUCAUUUGUCGCAAUGGGAGAAAAAAUAGUGGCAUUUGGUCAUUUUUCUUCUUAAUUAUCACCGUCUUUUCGAUAGUUGCUACUGAUCUAAAUGAAUAUGGAUUUCUAGGGCUAUUUCUCUGCACCAUAUUAAUACCACCCUUCACAAUGAUUGGCUCUCUGUUCAUUUUUUCUGAGAUUUCUCCUGACUCUGCGUAUUAUUUAGGAGCUUCAGAACAGCAAAUUGUAUUUCUGGCAUUGCUAAUACCUUACCUUCAUUUUUUCAUUUUCCUUUUUGUUCUACGAUGUCUGGAAAUGAACUUUAGGAAGAAAUCAAUGAGAAAGGAUCCUGUGUUCAGAAUUUCUCCAAGAAGCAGUGAUGUUUUUCCAAACCCAGAAGAACCCGAAGGAGAGGAUGAAGAUGUUCAGAUGGAAAGAAUGAGAACAGCAAAUGCCAUGACAGUCCCAGACUUUGAUGAGAAACCAGUCAUCAUUGCCAGCUGUCUACAGAAAGAAUAUGCAGGCAAAAUGAAAAAUUGCUUUGCCAAGGGGAAGAAAAAAGUGGCCACAAGAAACGUCUCUUUCUGUGUUAAAAAAGGUGAAGUUAUAGGGCUGUUGGGACACAAUGGAGCUGGUAAAAGUACAACUAUUAAGAUGAUAACUGGAGACACAAAGCCAACUGCAGGGCAGGUGACUUUGAAAGGGAGCAGUGGAGGGGACACCAUCGGGUUCCUGGGGUACUGUCCUCAGGAGAACGUGCUGUGGCCCAACCUGACGGUGAAGGAGCAUCUGGAGGUGUUCGCCGCCGUGAAAGGCCUGAGGAAAGAGGACGCCGCAGUUGCCAUCACACGGUUGGUGGAUGCGCUCAAGCUGCAGGACCAGCUGAAGCUCCGGGUGAAGGCCUUAUCUGAGGGAAUGAAGAGGAAGCUGUGCUUUGCGCUGAGCAUCCUGGGAAACCCAUCGGUGGUGCUUCUGGACGAGCCGUCCACAGGGAUGGACCCUGAGGGGCAGCAGCAAAUGUGGCAGGCGAUCCGGGCCACCUUUAGAAACACGGAAAGGGGUGCCCUCCUGACCACUCAUUACAUGGCAGAGGCUGAGGCUGUGUGUGACCGCGUGGCCAUCAUGGUGUCCGGAAGGCUGAGAUGUAUCGGUUCCAUCCAACACCUGAAAAGCAAAUUUGGCAAGGAUUACCUGCUGGAGAUGAAGUUGAAGACCCCUGCGCAAGUAGAGCCCCUCCACAGUGAAAUCCUGAGGCUCUUCCCUCAGGCUGCUCGUCAGGAAAGAUACUCCUCCCUGAUGGUCUAUAAGUUGCCUGUUGAAGAUGUGCAACCUUUAUCACAGGCUUUCUUCAAAUUAGAGAUAGUUAAACAGAGCUUCAACCUGGAGGAGUACAGCCUCUCACAGUCCACUCUGGAGCAGGUUUUCUUGGAGCUCUCCAAGGAGCAGGAGCUGGAGGACUUUGUUGAGGAAGUUGAUCUCUCAGUGAAUUGGAAGCUCCUCCCACAGGAAGCACCUUGAAGCCCCAAAUACUCUGCCUCUCUUUAAGCUUGUGACAAUUUUUUAAGAUAAUAGUUUAUAGCAUUAAUAUACCUUAUGUGAGAUAUGGUGCAAAA